GCAGAACUUGGCAAGGAGUCUCGGAGAGUCACGAACCAAGGACAUCGGUGGGCACGGAUUUCCGGCUGAACAUCGGCUACAAUGUGGAUCGCAUUUCCCCCUUCCGGAAUCUUCCUCUACACCAAGAAGCUUUUCUUGAGCGAGCAGGUGGGCCGUGCGCAAGCCAUCGAGUUCCUGCGCAAGAAUGCGGCCAACUCGCUCUCCAUGGCCAACCUCCUCAUGGGCCUCUCCUCCGUCCUCUGCAGCCUAAACGGGCACUACCACUAUGCAUGCUGGCUAGUCCUCACUGGCUUCGUGCUAGACCUUGCUGACGGAGCCGUUGCGAGGCAACUCAACGCCUGCUCUGCCUUGGGGGCUAAACUGGAUGACUUUGCAGACUUCACGUCCUUCGGCCUGGCCACGGGGCUCCUUCUGCAGGGCCAUGGGAUCCUCGAGGGGUUGCUGGUGAUUGUCUAUGUGCUGGCGGUGUUUACACGGCUAUGCUUCUUCACCAGUGGGAUGCCCUUUAUGUAUCGGGGUUUGCCAUGCCCCUACGGUGCCUCCAUGGUAGCAGCCACCUACUUCCUGACUGGAGGCCACCUGGUGACCAUGCGCCUGAUGGCCAUAGUGAUGGUCCUCUUCAUGGUGGACCAGGGUUUCUAUCCCCAUGACAAGGUGCUGGAGUCCCAGGCUUGGAAGAAGGCCAUCUUCGGAGGAGGUAUUUUGGUGCUCCUGUUUCAUGCCUCCUUCCUGGCCUCUCUCUACUUCCUGAUUUGGUCUGUAUCGUACAUUUUUUUCCCCAACAUUUUGUGGAGUUACAAAGUCUAACCUCGUCGGAGGACGCGAGCGGAUGAUGCCAGCAUUGCACCCUGCUCAGGCAGUCUUCAGCGACUGGGAUGACUGGUCCAGUGUUUAAAAUCCAUAUUUUGUCUAAAGUUGCUGCAGUUUUUCAUCCAACUGAGGGGAUAAACUUCUGAGAGAUUUA